AGGUAUGGAGGAGCGCUUGGUGUGCUUACCCGGGAGUGGGUGCCCUAGGGGGUCGUGGCGGGUGCGAGAAGCGUCGUCUCCCUCGGACUGGGGCGCUCCGAGCCCUAGCGCGUCCCUGCUGAGCGGCUGCCCGUUGCCCGCGACCACUGCUCACCUUCCAGGGCGCUCGCCAGGCGUGUCCUGCGUGCCCGGGUGCCCCGGCCUGCCUAGGGAGCGGCUAGCGCGGUUUCCAGCGGGCCCGGGGGCACUCUGGCUGGGCGAGCGGCGAAGGCGCCCUCUUCUGAAGCGGCGCGAGAAGGACGCCAGGGAUCUUGGCAAGCGGUGGCUCAGGACCCGCGCGGACUCAGGUGCGGACUCGGGCGCGGACUCCGGCUGCCCUCGGCUGCGCUCAGCUCCCGGGGCCUGCGCUCGCCGCUCGCCGCUCGCCCGAGCUCUCCUCCUAGCCGGGCGAGAUCUCUGGCGCGGGCCUCCGAAACUGCUUUAUAAGGCCCCGGCGGCCGCUUUGAUCCGCCCACGUCAGCGCGCCGCAGCCCCACCGGGUGGCCCUGGCCGCGCACGGGGGACGGGGGCGGGGUCCCCGCGGACGCCACUGACCUGCGGCGCUCGCCGCUCCAGAGAACUUCGCACUCUGUCGAGUUACAAAGGGGGACUCGUUCAUUACAGCUGGUGUUUACUAAGCAUGCGUGCUGCGUGCCUGGUACACGCGUGGAGCCCGGGUAAGGCCCUUCUAGAAUCGUCGCAGCAACCAGGCAAGGAGCCUCAACCCGCCAGAGGGAAGUCAGACUUGGGUCUCAGUCAUGGAGCCGGCAUCCUUAGCUGUUGGUCCCGCAGCGUGAUUGCUAUAGGCGUCGGAGUUCCCGAAACUUGCCUUUGCGUCCUAGUCCUGGCCGUCUCUUCAAGCCUCUGGUUCCAGUCGUGGAAAACCAAUCAACGAUCCUGCAGGAGAAAGAGACACGAGGACUUGGCGCUGCAAAGCCCGCUGCUGUAAACCUUAGCUGCAGAUGAAAUGGCACUCCUAGGCUGCCCCACACCCAG